AUGGAUAAAAGUAAUGAACAACUUUUACUGAGAGGAAAUGCAAGUAAUACAAGUCUGAACAAUUAUAGUAGUAUCGAUGAGAAUUUGGUUGUUGGUGACGAUAGUACAAAUAGUAGUAAUAACAAAUCAAAUGUAAAUAAAAAUCAUAAUAAUAGAUCAAGUACAUUAAGUAAUAGUAGUGAUCCACAAGAAGAUGAUGACGAUAUAAUCGAAGAGUACGAUGACGAUCAACAACAGAUACUAGUAUUCGAUCAAUCAAGCUCGAAUAACAACAACAACAAUGCUCUCACUAUCAAUAACAUCGGUAACUCUGAAUCGAGAGCAAAGAAAGUUAGACGACAUAUCAUCGGUGCAAUAUGUGUUUUAAUAGUUGUAUUUCUCUGGGUUUUCUCUAGUAUAUUAACACAGAUUAUAUUUACAGAGGAAUCAUUUGAUAAACCAUUCUUUUUAACAUAUUUCAAUACAUCGAUAUUCUCAUUCUAUUUAUUUGGAUUCGCUAUCAAGUGGAAGAAAUGGACAUCGAUUCCCAUCAGUGAUAACAAUGGUAAUCGUGUGUUGGACACCAGUGUUUUGCAAUCGAGUGCAUCAAUGUCGCUAAUUAACGACAAUGAUGAAGAUCAGCUUAAUGCAAUAGAUGAUCAUAGUGGUAGCAUUCAGAGUUCAUCAUCAUUAUCACCACCAUUACAACCAACUUCAUUCAGAGAUUCAAUCGAUCAGAUGCAAAAUAAACAACAGAUACAGGUUGACAUUAACAAAAGUAGAUUACGUAAUUCAAACAACAGCAACACUAUCAAUAACAAUAUAAACAACAAACCACAUUCUUUAAAAUCAAUUAUUAAAAUAAGUGCAAUACUCUGUCCAAUUUGGUUCGCAGCCAACUACACAUACAAUAUAAGUCUAGAUAUCACUAGUGUUUCUUCAAACACCAUUCUAAGUUCUCUCUCUGGCGUAUUCUCAUUGUUUAUAAGUAUAUUUUUAAAAGUUGAUAAAUUCUCAAUUGAAAAAUUAUUAUCUACUUUGAUAAGUUUAUCUGGUAUUGUUUUAGUUAGUUAUUCAGAUAUUAGUAGUGAAAAUGGACAUGAUACAGUGAUUGGUGAUCUUCUGGCGGUUGUUGGAGCUUUUCUCUAUGGAUUCUAUUGUACGAUGAUAAAGAAACUUGUUAUAUCUGAAGAUCUUCUACCAAUGCCAAUGAUGUUUGGAUUUGUUGGAUUAAUCAAUUUAUUAAUAUUAUGGCCUGGUUUCUUAAUUUUAAAUGCGAUUGGUUUCGAAACAUUUGAACUACCCAAUAUAAGAGUAUUCCUGUUCCUCUUGUUCAAUGGUGUUUUCGGUAGUUUCAUAUCGGAUCUGAUAGAGUCUUACUCGGUGGUACUGACAUCGCCAGUGAUCAAUACGAUUGGUCUUUCACUGUCGAUACCACUGGCAAUGAUAAGUGACUUUAUCAGAAAGGGUAAAAUGUUUGGUUGGAUGUAUAUAAUUGGUUCAAUUCUUGUGGUGAUAGGUUUCUUAUUGGCAAAUCUAGCCAGUUCCCUAUUCGAAGAGAAAUUAAAACGUAUCGAAAAAAGAUUAUUAAGUUUAAUAAAAAGAGAAUAA